CAACCGCCGCGCCAAACAGAAAGAGAACACAUGAGAAUGUUUCAGCAAAACGAACUGUAACUAGCUACGAAGUAUUGGAACAGUAUAACCCAUACGCUAUCUUGCUAGCUAGGUAGUUAAUGUUAACUACUUGUAAAUAAAACUACACUGUCAUAUAUUUAGUAGUUGCACGAAGCUAGCAAGCAUGUAUAAUUUUACAAAGCGUAAAAGAAAUUCAAAAGAUAGUCGGUGUUUUUUCUUUCCUGAUGAUAUCAAGAAUGGCUUUAACAAAAGGAAACCUGUUGUGGGCAGAAGUAAGCCUUCCUCUGCAGUCAAGUCCUGGGAAAGACGUGGAGAAGGUUUCUUAGGCACCCCGGCAGCACAGAAACCUUCGUCAACGAAAAAUGUAAUUGCUGCAAGGCAGUUGGUACCAUCUUCACCCGAUCCAGUGAAGGGAAGUUUGGCAUGUGAGGUGGACAUUGUGUGGAACUCCAGCGAGAGUGAGAUGUCUGACAAUGAGAUGCCUCAACCCAGUACAUCCACAGAGGGCCGUGGUGGGCCUGGAAAAGAACUGGUCCAGAACUCCUACAGGAGAUACCUGGGCUUGUUCAGCUCGGUGUCUUCCCCCCAAGAAGAGGAGGUUCAUAAGAUCGACUGGGACAGUGAUCUGACUGAUGAUGGGGAAGAGAUGGACAGUUUGGCUGAAAUCUCAGACUCUGGUUCUUCUUCCAAGGAAAAAAAGCAAUCACCAAAAGUAAUUUUGGCUCCAGAUGCGGAGAUCUCGGACUUCUCUGACGGUGAGAGAACCGAGCGUGCGGCCCAGGCCAGAUGUGAACACGUUUCCUGGAAACCAGGCGGGAACAACAGCAGGUCUGCCAGUGACUGGGUCAGGUCCGCACAGGCAAUGCUCCGGACGCCUCAGAAACAAGACAGCAGCCACAUCAAGUCCCCAGAAGACUCCACUAAAAAGAAGAAAUUUCUAAGGGGGGGUCUGGCAGAGAGACUGAGUCGCCUGCAGUGCAGACAGAGAUCUGCCAUCAGCUUCUGGAGGCACCAGUCCAUCUCCGACUGUACAACCCCAGCGGGUGGCAAAGCUGGCGUGCUGUCGCUGCAGCUGCUGUCCGUGUGGGAGGACUGUGGCAUGCACGCAGCCUUGUGUCAGGAGGCCGAGACCAGCGCCCCCCCCUGCCCGCCUGGCACAGCGCAGCUCCUGGUCCUCUUCAGCAAGGACACAGCAGCCCACCUGGCGCCCAGCCCCGGAGACACCGUGCACGUGUACCCACAAUGGCAGAAACUGAUGAUGGAAGGCGAAGGCAAUCCUGUCAUCCUCAACACACACUUCAGCCAGAAGGUCCUGGAGGACAGGGCCCGUACAGGAGGGCGAGUCUCAACUGGAAAAUGCGCCCCGUACCCUUUGACUAGGGUGUUCCAUCUGACAGAGCGAAAUGCCGUCUCUGAGGAAAACCUUGCUGCCAAAAAGACAGAGCCGUGGAGUGUGAACGAGGCGGUGUGCGACUCCCUGCUGGAAGUGAUCGAGGGGCACGGUGCGGCCGGCUGGAUGGGGAGAGAUGUUUCAGUGGUGGUGCAGAGGGUCUACUGCCUUCCCAUCCAAGAGCCCUCCGCCCAGCCUCUUCUCAAACACAGGCUGCCUGAGACAGAACCUCUCCAGCCCAGAUACAGGCUGUGCCUCCUGGUGCAGGAUGUCUAUGGGCUGUUCAGCGAGGUGGCCCUCCACCGGCUCUCCUCAGAGGACUGCCUGCAGCAGCACAUCAGCAAGUGGGAAGGAAGCUGGUGUAUGCUGAGGGGCAUGAAGGUGCUGCAGAGAGCUACCCGGGCCAGGGCCGCUGGACUCUUCAGUCUCAUCGACAGCCUGUGGCCUCCGAUGGUGCCCCUCAGAGUCUACGGGAAAGCCCAGAGCAGCCCGGAUGAGAGAAGCAAGCUUUCAGCUCCAAGUUUCUGUUACUUGCUCUCAGCCCAAAGGGGCAAGGACUCUGUAGAGGAACUGCUGCAUCCUGCUCCAGGACUGUAUCUGCCUGCUGUAGUGCACACCCUGAGAGAAAUACUGCAGCGUGUCCCCCUUGGCCAUUGCUGUAGCUUCACAGCCACAGUCAUUUACAAGAGACAGCAGGGUUCCGGCCCAGGGCAGAGCGAGGUCUGGCUGUUCGUGACGGAUCCCAGCCUGCAGAGAGAGCAGGAGGAGAACGAGGGGCUGAGCAGGACGCUGGUCGUACGCGUGAGCUCCUCCUGCAUUCUUCACCCGGCCGUGCUCAAAGCACUGACCACCUCCUCUCUCUGCAGCCUGACCUUUAAAGACGCCGUGAGAAAAGACGGUUUGAUCCAAUGCUCGGAGCGCUCGGUGAUACAGCUGGACACCCUGACGUCUGCACCCAGCUCAGACAGCCCGGGCACUGGCGGUCCACCACUACUCCAUCCUGUAAAACUGGACCUGCUGGGUUCAGCAACUACAGCCAACUCCCUGUGCAGGCUGCAAGCAGGUGUGGUUGCCGGUGUGGAUGAGGAGACUGCAUAUUCAUGGUGUGUCUGUAACCUAUGUGGGAGUGACCGGUUGGAAGCCUUGCAUGGGGAGCAUCAAGCAUUAUUCUGCAGUCUCUGUAACACGACGGUGGUCAACCCUACAGUGAAAAUGCAUCUUGAAGUCUUUUUAAGCUGUGCAUCAUUGCACAGUCAGUGUACCAUUAAAGUAAAGCUGCAACAAAACACCAUCAUGUCUAUCCUGAACUCCACCCCAUCUGGCAGUGAGGGAUACGCUGUGGAGAACGUGCUGGGGAAGGAGCUGGGCCCCCUCGCCGCUUACGUCCGCAUCGUAACGCGGAAGCCGGCACUGUGGCUCGGCCUGGAGGAAGUCAGCCUCAGCGAAGGCUGUUCAAACCAGGCGCUACGCGAGCCUGGCCCCACCCCCGGAGUCUGAGAGCGCGUCACACCUCCCUGGACUCCUCAUCACAGACGGGUCACGCUGACCUCCGCUGAAGACCCACCGAUAUAGCUGCGUGAGCAGCGUUGAAAGAUCUUGAUGGAGGCGUUUCAAAUUACCCUCCUAGUACAGCGACUGCCCAUUUGAACAUUGAACAGGAAGAGUUUGUGACUCGUUCACAUAUAAAUCAGGUCACUGGAAAUGAGAGAUCGCUGCAGACAUGCACGUGUGGUUUACCUGCGCUCAUGUCGUGCCGUUCCUCAGCGUGAGCUGUGAACAGAACCCCAGGUGCCCUCUGAGACAACUGCGCCACAACUGCAUUAUAUUCGUUAAUCACUCACCUCGCUCACAUUUGGGUCCACUGUCUCAUUGCACUUAGUCUUUCCUCGUUAAACUUUUAACAGCUUCCUUCCUUACAGUGGGUAAGCUACAUCGUUUGUAUAUAUAGAAAAUAUAAAGGGUUACUUUACCAAAGGUAUUGGCUGUUACCCUAAAAAGACCAAGUGUGAGUUGAUUCUCCUUGGCAUAUGUGAAUGUGUACAUUGUUGUACUAAUAAACUACAUGGAAUUGA